GAGAGAGAGAGAGAGAGGCACAUGAAAUACUGAGAGAGAGAGGCACAUGAAAUACUGCAAAGCUCACUUGUGGUUGAGAUAGACGGGGCAGAGAGGUUGCCUUUCUGGGUCGCAGGCGCUAGCUGGAGCUUUGCUGUACUUUUAUGCGAAAAGACAGCGGAUUUUAAAGACCUGUCGAGGUUUUCUGUGUUUCCUCUCCAGAAGUUCCUGUUCUUAGAUGGUAACAGAGAGCUUAAGAUAAGAGUACAGGAUGAUCAACUGGAUGCGUGCGUCUUGUGAAGCAGUUAAAAACGAGUCUUUACCAAGGAUAUGGGGCAGUUAAAAACACUAUUGGACCCGAUCAAAAACAGAGAAAAUGGCAGUAUGGAUCCAGGCCCAGCAGCUGCAGGGAGAUGCUCUUCACCAGAUGCAAUCUCUCUAUGGGCAACACUUCCCCAUAGAGGUGCGACACUACCUGUCCCAGUGGAUAGAGGGCCAACUCUGGGAUGCGAUAGAUUUAGAGAACCCUCAGGAGGAGAUUAAAGCCAAGCGUUUAUUGGACAGUCUGAUCCAGGAACUAGAGAAGAAAGCAGAGCAUCAAGUAGGAGAGGAUGGAUUCUUACUCAAGAUCAAAUUAGGACAUUAUGCUUCACAGCUAAAGAGCACGUAUGACCGCUGUCCAUUGGAGUUGGUGAGAUGCAUCAAACACAUUCUAUACACAGAGCAAAGACUUGUCAGAGAAGCGACUAAUUCAAGCUCACCGGUGGGCGGGUUGAUGGACAGCAUGUCGCAGAAGUACCAUCAGAUAAAUCAGGCGUUUGAGGAGCUCCGAAUAAUGACUCAGGACACAGAGAAUGACCUCAGAAAACUACAACACAACCAAGAGUACUUCAUUAUACAAUACCAAGAGAGCCUCAGGAUACAGGCUCAGUUAUCGAGUCUGGCUACGUUGCCCCCAGCAGACAGACAGCUCAGAGAGCCCAGUCUGCUCAGCAAGAGAGCCACUGUAGAGGCCUGGCUGACCCGAGAGGCCAACACCCUGCAGAAAUACAGACUGGGCCUGGCAGAGAAACACCAGAAGACACUGGCAUCGCUACGGAAACAGCAGACGGUGAUUCUUGAUGACGAGCUGAUUCAGUGGAAGAGACGUCAACAGCUGGCUGGCAACGGAGGACCGCCCGAGGGGGGUCUGGACAUACUACAGUCAUGGUGUGAGAAGCUAGCUGAAACCAUUUGGCAGAAUCGACAGCAGAUCCGGAGGGCGGAGCAUCUGAGACAACAGCUGCCCAUUCCUGGCCCCAUCGAAGAGCUGCUCACCGAACUCAACAGCACCAUUACAGACAUCAUCUCAGCUUUAGUAACCAGUACCUUCAUCAUCGAAAAGCAGCCUCCUCAGGUGCUGAAAACGCAAACUAAAUUUGCGGCGACUGUGCGUUUGCUGGUGGGCGGGAAACUCAAUGUGCACAUGAACCCGCCACAGGUCAAAGCCACCAUCAUAAGUGAACAGCAGGCCAAAUCCCUGCUCAAGAACGAGAACACCAGAAAUGAUAGCAGUGGAGAGAUCUUGAAUAACAACUGUGUGAUGGAGUACCAUCAGACCACAGGCACCUUGAGUGCACACUUUAGAAACAUGUCUUUGAAGCGAAUCAGACGCUCGGACCGUCGAGGAGCAGAGUCUGUUACAGAGGAGAAAUUCACCAUUUUGUUUGAGUCACAGUUUAGCGUUGGGGGGAAUGAGCUGGUAUUUCAGGUUAAGACUCUCUCUUUGCCGGUGGUGGUAAUUGUCCAUGGAAGUCAAGAUAACAACGCCACAGCCACCGUUCUGUGGGACAACGCUUUCGCUGAACCGGGACGAGUGCCCUUCAUAGUUCCUGACAAGGUGUUAUGGCCGCAGUUGUGCGAGGCUCUGAAUAUGAAGUACAAGGCAGAGGUGCAGUCAAAUCGAGGUCUGUCUGAGGAGAAUCUGGUCUUCCUCGCUCAGAAAGCCUUCAGCAGCUCCAGCGUCAACCCUGAGGAAUACCGCAACAUGACCAUGACCUGGUCGCAAUUUAAUAGGGAGAGUUUACCAGGCAGGAACUUCACUUUUUGGCAGUGGUUUGAUGGUGUCAUGGAGCUUACUAAAAAACACCUGAAGCCUCACUGGAAUGAUGGGGCGAUUCUUGGCUUUGUGAACAAACAGCAAGCUCAGGACAUGCUGAUGUCCAAACCCAAUGGAACCUUCUUGUUGCGCUUCAGUGACUCGGAAAUUGGUGGCAUCACUAUAGCCUGGGUGGCAGAGAACCCUAACAAAGCAGGAGAAAGGAUGGUCUGGAACCUCAUGCCGUACACAACCAAAGAUUUCUCCAUCCGCUCUUUGGCGGAUCGCAUCAGCGAUCUGAACCAUCUCUUGUUUCUCUAUCCUGACCGGCCCAAAGACGAGGUCUUCUCCAAAUACUACACCCCUCCACUGUCUAAAGCUGUAGAUGGAUAUGUCAAACCACAAAUCAAACAAGUAGUGCCAGAGUUUGCAACACCUAACCCUGAUCCAGCAGCAAACCCCAGCUACAUGGACCAUGCAGCCUCUCCAGCUGUAAAUCAUCCUCAUAACUAUGGACUCUAUCCUCCCAUUGGUGAUUCUAUGCUGGACGCUGAUGGUGAUUUCGAUCUGGACGAUACCAUGGAUGUAGCCAGACAUGUGGAGGAACUUCUUCGUCGACCAAUGGAGGGCCAGUGGAGCAGCCAGCAGUCAUGACCUCUUGAUUUUCACCUGUGACAUCUCUCUCUAAAUAUUAAUGUUUUUAUGUUUAAAUUCAUUACUCUUACACCUUGUUUAGCCCCCCCCCCCCCCCCCCCAUUUCUCAUUGUGGGUCUUUAUGGUUCUUUUCUGUCUCUCUCUCACCUCCUCUUUCAUUUUCUUUCUGUUCUUGUUCAUUUUUAGUUUACCUCUUUUUCUUCUCCUAUAAAUGUUUUUUCUAUAGAAGAGAAAGGAGCUAAUGGAAGAAAUACUAUGAGCCUUCCUGUUAUUAAAUACCACCAAACAGUAUUGUGGAAAAAAAAGAGAGAGACACAUGUAAUCUCUUUACCUUUAUGUGUUGAUUUUUUUAUUUUAUUUUAUUUUUUUCAAAUGGACCUUUUCACAAGACAAGUGUGCAAAACCCUUAAACUGAAAUGUACUACUGUAAGGAACUUUUUUUUUUUUUCUUUUUUUUUCAAACUGUUUUGUAAUUUAAUUUUUGGGGUGUUCAGAUAUCUAUUGCAUCUAAAGUAAAUACAUAUUAUCUUUGCACUCUUAAACAAAUGGAUUCUUGCAGAUGAUGACAUUGUUACCAUGGUGAUUGCAAUGCAAUGCUUCUGUACACUAAAGAGUGUUUAGGUUGCAAGGCUGUUAAUAUUUGUGCAGACACACAUGCACACACACAAUGCAAAAGUUUUUUUCUUAAUCAGUAUUUUUGUCUUGUUUUCCAGUAAAAUCAAAAAAUCCUUAAAACAAACGUAUUAUUUAUCAUUAAGUUUGUUAGCAAACUUAUUAUUAUAUUAUGUAAGAAAUUAUUUGGGAAGAAUUUUGUUUUCAGGGAAUAUAUAUUAAAUUACGUUUAUUUUUCUCACCCUAUUUGCAAAUAUUUUUUUUCUUUAAGCAUUUAAGUCACAAAAUGUGUUUAGAUUUGGGCUUUGGGCUGCCAUUGGGGUAAGAAAAUAAACUCAAAUCAAGAUACAUAUAUGAUGAAAAUAAGACUUUUUCAUACAGUAACACAAUUUUGCUUCUCAAGUAAAAUUAUCUUGUUUUAAGGAUGUUUAGAUAUUUUGGCUGGAAAACAAGACAAAAAUACUGAUUGGAAAUUGAAUUUUUUUUGCCAUGCAAGUACACCCCCAUCACCACAGCACCACUUGAACCAGCAGCAUACAACCUAACAUCUUUUAAAGUGAGGCACACAUGACUGAGAAACACGCACACACACACACACACACACUCACACACCUGCUCUUGUUUUGUCCCCUGAAUUGGGGAGCACUGUUGAGGUUCUUGCUGCAAUGGAAACACACAGGGGGUACGCUACACUACACAGGCUCUUACUGUCUGUCUCUCAACAUCGCAACAGGUGAUGGCUGCUCUGACCUCAUGCUUUCCUCUCUGAACAUGUGCAAAACAAGAGCCCCUGUUGUCAUGGUUACACAAGCUGCUCAUAUGCUUUUAACUGGCCAUCCUAUAGUUGUAGUAUUUCUUGAUGUUACCCUGUUACCAACCUGCAUUUUCUUUUCUUUUUCUUUUUCUUUUUUUUUUUUUUUUGUUGCACAAAAGCCUUGCCCACUCAGGACUUUGACACACAGUUUAUGUAAAAUAAAAACUGUAAAAAAAAAAUAAAAAAAAAAACAACAA